UAAACAAUAGAAAACGAAAUGACUACUAAUAAAAAAGAGUGCGAAACCAAAAAGUUUCGAAAAUAUAAUAUACAAUUAGAACAAAUACAACGAAUACAUUAUCAAGAUCCCAAAGUUAACGAACUGAUCAAAAACAAUCAACCUGUACUGAUAACGAAUUCUAGUCUCGUGAAAUCGGCUUGUGAAAAAUGGAAUACCGAUUUUUUUGAGAAAUAUUUAGGCAAAAUCAAUCACACUGUCUACUUGUCUAAUGAUCACAAUUUCAAAUAUUUCGAUGAGAAAAAAGUACUGUCUGAAACUAAUCCAAAAGGGGUUGAAUUUACACCAAAAACCAGAAGACUAGAUAUGGAGAUGUCGGAAUUCAUAAAGAAGGUGAAAGAAUGGAAAAGUGGAGAUGAACGGUUAUAUCUUCAACAUACCCUUAAUGCUACAAUGGGAAAUGCGAUAGUAGCUGACUACGUGAAAUUUGACUGGCGCUUCGCUGGAGAAAUAAGACAGAAAAACAAUUGGGGCGAAUUAACGUCUAAUGUACUCUUCAUAUCUAUGGAAGGAAAUGUUACACCUUGUCAUUACGACGAACAACAAAAUCUCUUUGCUCAAAUACAAGGAUAUAAAAGAUGUAUUUUAUUUCCUCCCAAUCAGUUUGAAUGUUUAUAUCCACAUCCAGUUUAUCAUCCUCAUGACAGACAAAGCAUGGUUGAUUUUGACAAACCGGACUAUUCCAAAUACCCGAAAUUUAAAGAUGUCAAAGGCUGUGAAACAGUUAUUGGUCCAGGAGAUGUCCUGUAUAUUCCAAUAUAUUGGUGGCAUCAUGUGGAAUCAUCAAUGGAAGGAGGUCCUACCAUUACAGUCAAUUUUUGGUACAAGGUUAGUACCCUUUUUCAUUGAAUUAAUUUUUAUCUU